AUGUUGGUGCAAACAGAUAUAUCUCUACCUUUACACUUCCUACAAAUAUUCAAAAAGAAUGAGCAUGACAAACAGUAUCAGCAGUUGCUAGACACACUGAAGCAAUUGCAUAUCAACAUUCCUUUAGUAGAUACUUUGGUUCAAAUUUCGAGUUAUGAGAAAUUUAUGAAAGACCUCUUGCCCAAGAAGAAGAAGCUCACUAAUAUUGAAACUAUUGCACUCACAGAAGGCUAUAGUGUUGUUUUGACAAACAAGUUGCCCCCUAAAUUGAAAGAUCCUGGAAGCUUUACCAUCCCAUGUUUAAUUGGAAAUCAUUAUUUGGGUAAGGCUUUAUGCAACUUGGGAGCUAGCAUUAACCUAAUGCCACUAUCCACUUUUAGAAAGUUGGGAAUUGGUCAAAUGAAAUCUACUGCAAUGACACUACAACUAGCCGAUCGAUCCUUCGCUCAACCUAAAGGGAAAAUAAAAGAUGUUUUAGUUCGUGUGGAUAAAUUCAUUUUUCCAGCUGAUAUUAUCAUACUUGACUGCGAUGCAGACAAUGAGGUUCCCAUAAUAUUGGGAGGACCAUUUUUAGCCACCGACCUAACUCUUAUUGAUGUUUAUAAAGGUGAACUAACCAUGUGA